GGUCAUCGCUCGUCACUCGUCGUCGCCGGCUUUCCCUUGUUGAUCUCUUUCCUCCGUCUCAUAACAUCAACAACGCCGAAUCCAACAUCGCCAGGUUCCUUUUUUGUACUCACAGAGUCACCCUUUGUCGCAGUCAAGAGAAUCGCGUCAGCACUGCCAUUUACGCCUUGCCCUAACUUCGUUUUUGUUUUCGCCUUUUCCCGUCGAGAACAAGACUGGUUUGAUCAAUCUGUCGCUAUUUGCACAGCAAUUCUCCCUACUUCGGACUGUCUUUGCACAUUUCGAAGUCAGCUGCAUCAAAAAUGGCAACCAUGGCAUCGGCAUCUGCUGCUCGCGAUAUCCUCAAGACCUCCUCUCUCAGCCGCGACAACUUAACUGCUGUAGCGGCCGCUCGGAGCGUCCCUGCGACAACACGAACCCAUUCCCUCCCGACUCCCCCCAACUCCAUAUCCCCUACGCUACCGCCUCACGGCCUCAAGGCCCAACUGCAGAAGGCCAGGCUCGACGCCAUCGACUCGGACCUGGACCUCCACGAAGGCGUCGCGCCCGACCGUCUAGGCUCGCCGUCCUUCGAGUCUACCGGCGCCAUCACUCCGGCGCUCCUAGCCAAGUUUCACCUGCCAGAGAUCUUGCUAAACCACGGGCCGUUAGCUAUUCGCCACAUCAUGGGCUACCUAACCACCUCGGUCCCCGGCUUUGCCGGAAUCCCCCCACCGAAGGCACGAAGGCUAGUCGUGGCAGCGUUGGAAGGACGUGGACAGGGACACGGUGUCGAGGGCGGUGGAGUUCAUGGUGACGUGGAAUUUCAGAAGGUCGGAUGGGGUCGCUGGGACGCCAAGCGACGCGGUCAACCCACUCGAGGCGCCACGUCUCGAAAACUCGCGCGCGAAGGUGAUUCCGACCUGGCUCCGACCAGCAUACCGAUCUCAAAAGGCGCAGGGCGGAACGCCGACCGAUCCCGGCUCAACGCGCGCUCUACUAGUAACGGGAACUCGGCUACCUUCUCGCACGACGACCGGGACAUUAGCAUGAUGGAGAAUGAGGCGGAUAAGAUGUCUCUCGACUCCCUCGACGGGCCCGCCUCCGCCUCCUGUUCGGAGGCGCCAGACGACGAAGAUAUGAUUAUGAAUGACGACCCCGAAGAUGCCACCGACGACGAAGACUGGGCGGCCGUCGGAGCCGCUGCACUACGGGCAGCGUCGUACUCUAGUCCAACCGAGGCCCGCCAAAGUACGAACUACCUCUCCUCUCGUGUAUAUAACUCCUGUGGCAUCCGGUCCUUCUCGGCAACCUCCGGGAUGCUUCGGGAACCACGCCUUGACAACAUCGACCUGGCCGCACUUGCCGCUUCAUCAGAUGCCCAAGAGCGUGAGGCUAUCCAGGCGCUUUUACAACUCGGUUCUGUAUAAUAAAUUUAGCAUAUGGCGGCGUUUUUUUUUUCUCGGCACAUCCCGACUCCGGGCGAUUUGAUAUUGGUCGGCCUGGCCGGGCUGGUUAUUGUGUCAAUUCUCUGGUCAACAAGGCGUUCAUCUUGAUCACCGCUAUCAUAAAUCGUCAUCAUCCGGCAUAACCCGGCAUCGUUUAUUCUCGACACCUGGCGUCCCUGGUUGCUUUUCUGGGGAGUAUUAUUUUUUGGACGACUUUUAUCCUUUCCCACCUGGAGAUUUCGGCGGUU